CGUUUAUCCAUUUCUCCUUUUACGUCGAUCGUUGACGUGGUCAACACUAUAUCGUUCCCGUUUCUGAAUUUUGCAUAUAAUCCGAUCAUCUGUUUCAUUUCUUUUUUAAAUGUGUGUGCGGAGAAUCUUCUCUUCUUUUGGUUGUCGAUUGGUUUUCCUCUGCUUCUCUAGUUUCCGCCAUUGAUUUCGUGACCAGAUUCUAAUUAUCUUUCUUAACAAGACAAAGAGCAAUAUAAUGAAGCCUGGAGCAUUUGAAUUGAAUCCGGAUGCAGCAUCAUAUGUACCACUCUCCAAAAGAGUGGAUAUUUCUGAUAUGGACGGUUGGGUGUUUGUGAACCAGGCCACACAUGUCGUGCAGGGGCAACAGAUAAGUUUUGCAGGCGUUCAAGUGUCGAUGCCUAAGAAACCAUCAUCGUCUGAAAUGGCAUACAAGGAGAUAAGGGAUGAUGAUUUGGAUAUGGAGAUGGAUAUUGACAUGGACAUUGAAUACCUUUUGGUAACCUUCUCUGGUCUCUCCCAAGAGUCUGUAACUGAUGUAUACCUGGCGAAUAGCGGUGAUCUUGAAGCAACCAUUGAGAUGCUGAAUCAGCUCGAGAUAUAUAGCAAUGAAGCUCAAGAAAGCCUCCCAGAGACGCUUGAUAUUGAGGAUAUCUCUGAAUCAGGGCCUUCAACCUCAAAAGCUUCAAAACAAAAGAGUGUAGCUGCUGCAUCGUCAUCAUCGGUUACUCCUAAUGCACCUGUAUCGGCCUGAUCUGAUGAAUCCUUGUCUUACUUCUCUUGGAAUUUUUUGAGAUUUUGUUCAACAAUGUACAUCGUGAAGCGUGUUUUUAAUAUUA